GCAACCUCACAAGAUCCUUUAUCUUCCCAAGGCUCAGCAGCAACAACAACUUCCUCGGUCUCACUAACUCCAGAAAUGUCCGCAAGCGCUGUUUCUGCAUUGUACUCAGUGUUGGCAACUUCAUCGCCACAACAACCUGGAAAUGGUAAGUGUAGAUACAUCUGAAAACUUAAUUCACUGGCCAAAUGGCUAACAGUGGACCAGGACCGGCACCAGGAGACGUUGGAUCAUCGGCAGGGACCGGUGCUGGAGAUUCAGAUGCUGGAGCGUCUGGAAGUUCCUCCGGAGGCAUCACACUAUCAAGAGGUGCAAUAAUUGCAAUAAUCGUCUGUGCCGUAUCGGUUUGUAUAUUGGGAGCCGUUUCUUCUGUGUUAUGGUAUCUUGCGAAGAAACGAUCAUGGGAGAUUCGCGCAAGCAUUCGAAAGUCGGCACGAAAAGUCGUUACUGCGCUGACCCCUCGGAGGUCGACAUUUCCGAAGGAUAUCCAUUCGAAAAGACGAUCGAGCAGGAGGCUUAGCACCAAACUGGAUGAUAUUCCCGGUUCGCCAAAGGAGGGGACUCCAGAUGUUGAGAAGGGACACCCCAAAAUGACGUCGUUUGUGAUGGCUGAGCCACCAAAGCAACCGAAGUGGGCGAAGAAGAUUGGGCGAUGAUCGUUUUGAGGAAACCGCCGUUUUAUGAGUUAAUGUCUCGCGUAUUCUUGUGCAUUGUAGCAU